CAAUAUAUAUUUCAACAGCUACAUUAAUGCCAUACGCAAGACUAAUCCAAAAAAAAUUUGAAAUAUAAAGCCUCUAUUUAAUCCUUGCUGAUAUCAAUCAUGGCAUCAAAUCCUCAAGACUGGCGAGAACUCAUCACAUCCCGCAAACCCGUCCGGGUUCUGGUCAUCGUCUAUCCCGGCAGCUCUUUGUUCAAGGAAUCCAACCUCUCUCUCAUCCGAGACACCGCUCUCCAGAGAAUUGGAGCCGACGAGAAGGAUUGCAAGACACUGAUACUGUCGACGUGGACAAGACGGACCGCUCUCGUCCUCGACCUGUGCCAUACAACCUACGAUUUCAAGACUGCUCAUCAUCCUGAAUCUUUGACAGUAAUUAUUGUCCACAUCAUCAGCGAGACCAAAAUCACCGUCAAUAUAGCACGAGCAGCUGAUCGUGAUGAGACGAACAAGCAGGUUGCCCAUAUGCAUGAGUCGCAGGGGUUUGAUGCAAUUUUGCCCAUGGUAGAAGAACACCGCAAUGGAGCGGUACCUUCUUAUCCCAAUCCGCGAUCCCUCAUGUUUCGAAAAUCUGAACGGGCUUUGAAGGGUCAGGGAGCUCUCAGUCAAGGCGCAGGGAGUACAUGA